AUGAAAUUAAUUUUAAGCAUUAUAUAUAUAGUUUUGCUAUUACUCCAUUACGACACCUUUAAAAAAUUUUGUAUAAAAAAUAAUUGCCAAAAUAUAUACACAAUAAUAACAAAUAGUAGAUCCUUGGCAGAAAAUGAUACAUUUGUAUUAAUAGAUAACCAAACUCCUAAUAAUAAUUUGUCUACUAAUUCUAAUGAUAGUAAUAAUGAAACCGAUGAAGGGCUAUCUUUUUUUAAUGAAAUUUUGGGUAAAGAACUAAUAUUUCUUAAUUCAAAAUGGUGUGAAUCGAACAAAUUUGAUAAAAUAUAUACAAAUAUUAAAAAAUAUAAAUAUGAUAUACUAAAUACAGAUUAUAAGAAAGUUUUCACUAAUGAAAAUAAUGUAAUUUAUAAAUAUAUGAAAAAUAUUUUUGAAGACAAAAAUGUAGAAUGUAAAUAUUUUAUUGGAAAAAUUAACAAUUCUCUAGAUAACUUAAAAAAUAAAGUUGUAUAUAUAUUUACUAAUACAGAUGUAUUCAUAACUACAUUAUAUUCAAUCACACAUAAAAUAAUUAAUUCUAUAUUUUCCGUAAUUACGGGAGGAAUUACAUCUGUAGUUCUUACUCAACUAUUUUAUUUUCUUAAAGGCCUUUGGUCUGUUCACCCGAUAUUAUCUAUAUUCUUAUUAACAAUAACUUCGUUAUUUAUUUAUAUGAUCGCUGUCAUUGUGCAAACUUUAAAUUCUUAA